AUGCAGCCAGAGCACGAGGAUUCGCCGUUCAAGACCCCGCUGCCCGCAGACGACCGCACAUCUCCGUCCGAACGAAGCAGCGUCAGUGUGCGCCGGGUCACUCGCACUGCAGAAAAGAUUGCUGGGCUACUUCGCGAAUUGAGGCGUGAGCUCGAGACCUCGGAACACACAGCAGCAAUCGAAACACGCGGAACGCUCCAAGUCGCAGUCAAGACUCCUGCAUCAACGACCACGAUUAAGCUCGACGAUGUUUCGCACGUAGACCGUGUCUGUUUGAGUGUCACCGAUCCUAGCCCCGCGACAAACGGGCAAGAGCCACCCAUUGAUGGGUCAGGUGCAGACCCUUCGACCGCAAUCACCGUUGAAGACGAUAGUACUACCUCACUCCACAAGCGCACACGACGCGACUCAGAUGCCGAGCUUGAGAAGGAGCUGGUCUCAAGGAAGAGGCAGAGAAUGGAUUGCGGCGAAAAGGAUGCGAACAUGCAGCAAGAUGCAAACGAUGACGACGACAUCAUGCCGCUGAUCACAAAGGAGGACCUGGAAAAAAUCGUGGCAAAGCUGAGGGAGGACAUCCAGGAAGAUACAUCAGAAUGUGUAAACCAUGUGCAGAAGCUACUCCGUCGUUUCAAGGAAGAAUGGCACGAAAAAACUACGUUGGACUUCGAGCGGCCGUCGAAUGGUCAGAACGGUCAAGGUUCCAGGCCUCCCGCGGUGGGAACUGGCUUGACGCCUGCCGCAGCAUUUCCCUCGCCGGGAGCAGGCCAAGAUGACCAAGAUAUCACUGUCCCGGAGCUAAUCAGACAAGAAUCAAAACUCAUCUCCAGCCAAAUUAAGUGGGUCGAGGAGUGUCGGCGCGUCGCUGCAGAUGCACACGACCAACGCGAGGAGAACUGGCGGACAUCUUCGGCCAAUUUCCACGAUAAAGGUCGCCAAGAACGCGAAAGCUUCCAGGGCCGUAUCUUGCAUGAGCAGGGUACGCAGACUCAAACGCUCAAUCAGAUACUGAGCGAAGUCAGAUCCUUCGGGUUUGGGAGACACCCGGCUCUCUAUCAAUGGGCCCACCUUAUCAUCCGGGACCACCAGCCUUCCCAACGCAGCCGCCACCGACACCUUCAAGAGGGAGAGGGAGACCAAGAGGACAUGGAAGGGGAGGAUGACAACUAA